GAAACUAUCUUGCUUCACACUUUAUUAUGUAGCAAUUGUAUAACAGAUUCAGAUGCUAGAUGGUAGUAUACAUCAAAACAACUCAAACAUGUUAAUGGAUUUUACCCUAAACGAAUAAAUCAUUUAAAAGUGUGGGGUCGUUUUAAAGUUACUUGGCAAUGCCAGUAGAAGGUAACAAGGACCAGGACCGCCAUUCCAUGUCCAGCCCUGUCAGUGCCAUGACUCCUGGAGUUCAAGAGGACAAUGGCCUUUCACUCCCAGGAAGCAGUAAGGAAGAGCCAGCGGCCACAUGUCCGGAGAGUGUAGGGGCACAGAAUUCUCGUAAAUUGCAACCCCUGCUCCAGAUCAACCGUCAAGAGAUCCGCUCAGUAGACCAGAGCGCUCAGGCUGCUGAGCUCCAGGGUUUGGGAGUGGAUGUAUAUGACCAAGAUGUUCUCGAGCAAGGUGUGUUGCAGCAGGUGGACAGGGCUAUUCAGGAGGCCAACCAGGCUGCAGCCAAAGCUGAAGCGGAGAAAGAAUAUGAGUCAGUGCUGGAUGAUGUCAGGUCAUGCACAAGUGCUUUGAAGCACAUCAACAAAAUCUUGGAGCAGUUAGCCCCUCAUGCUACUUCCAGCAAGGACAUCAAUCGGAAGUUAGAGUCUGUCAAAAGACAGAAAGAGAACAAGGAGAAGCAGUUAAAAAAGAUCAGAGCCAAGCAGAAGAGACUGCAGGCCAUUCUUGGAGGAGAAGAUUUUCACAAGCUUGAAGCAGAUUUAUUGAUUGAAGAUGACGAAGAACCAGGUCCGUCCACGUUGGGAAGCAUGCUUAUGCCAGCCCAGGAGACAGAAUGGGAAGAGCUCAUCCGCAUAGGUCACAUGACCCCCUUUGGUUCACGGAUCCCUCAGAAGCAAGAGAAGAAGGAGCCUCGGAAGGUCAUGCUCUGUGAGAACUCCGGUUUUGACAAGUACCUCACAGACCAGGCCUUGUUAGCGGAGAGCAGGAAGAGACCCACCUCAAUGAAGAAGAUUUCCAGAAAGCACUCAACAGAGCCCAUGGAUGGCAAAGCACAGAGGAAUGGAUUGCAGUCCACCAAAGACAAGAAACUCCAGAAGCGUAUGUGUAAGCUCCAGAGGACCGCCCUGAGAGCUCACCCCAAAGCCAGGCCCAAGGUGGAGAAGGAGCCACCCCAAUCUAGGAGGAAAGGCUUGGGGGAACAGGCGUCAGACAGUGAGGGCUCUGAGUACGUUCCUAGUGAUGAGCUGAUGGAUCCUGAGGAACCAGAGAGUGACAAUGAGUUCUGGGUGGAUGAUGAGGAAGAAUAUGAACUUAAACCUUACAAGAAGAAGAACCAGUCAAAAACCAGGAAGCCCAAGGAGGAAGAGAGUGAUGAAUAUAUCCCCAGCAGCUCAGAGGAUGAGGAUUCCCAGAAAGGGGGGAAAGUCAAGAAAUGUAAAGAUGAUGGAGAUAUUGAGUGUUACAGGCAAAGGAUUAGGAAGUGGAAAAGGCAAAGACUUCGGGAAAAAGAGGCAAAGAGAAUAGCGGGAGAGGAGGAGUCAGAGGAGAGUGACGCAGAGUUUGACGAAGGUUUUAAGGUGCCUGGUUUCCUCUGGAAGAAACUCUUCAAGUAUCAGCAGACAGGUGUCAGGUGGAUGUGGGAACUGCACUGCCAGCAGACAGGAGGCAUUCUGGGAGAUGAGAUGGGCCUGGGCAAGACCAUCCAGAUAAUUGCCUUCCUGGCAGGCUUGAGCUACAGCAAGCUGAAGACACGUGGCUCCAAUUACAGGUAUGCUGGGCUGGGGCCCACACUCAUCGUGUGUCCAGCCACAGUCAUGCAUCAGUGGGUGAAGGAGUUCCACACAUGGUGGCCUCCAUUCCGUGUGGCUGUUCUCCACGACACAGGCUCAUUUACCAGCAAAAAGGAGAAGCUCAUUCCGGAGAUAGUGGCCAGUCAUGGCAUCCUUAUCACUUCCUACUCAUACAUACGCAUUAUGCAAGACUACAUCCAGAAGCACGACUGGCAUUUUGUCAUCCUGGACGAGGGCCACAAGAUUAGGAACCCCAAUGCUGGGGUAACAAUGGCAUGCAAGCAGUUCCGGACACCCCACCGCUUCAUCCUCUCGGGCUCACCCAUGCAGAACAACCUCAAAGAGUUGUGGUCGCUCUUUGACUUUGUGUUUCCAGGGAAGCUGGGGACUUUGCCUGUCUUCAUGGAGCAGUUCUCUGUGCCCAUUACCAUGGGAGGAUACUCUAAUGCAUCUCCAGUACAGGUCCAGACAGCCUAUAAAUGUGCUUGUGUUCUUCGUGACACCAUUAAUCCUUACCUGCUUAGAAGAAUGAAGGCUGAUGUGAAAGCAAACCUCUCCUUACCUGAUAAAAAUGAACAGGUCCUGUUCUGCAGGCUAACAGAAGACCAGUGCCAGGUUUACCAGAACUUUCUGGACUCCAAAGAGGUUUAUCAGAUUCUGAAUGGAGACAUGCAGGUGUUCUCAGGACUCAUAGCUCUGAGGAAGAUCUGCAACCACCCGGAUCUGUUCACGGGCGGGCCGCGUUUGCUGCGGGGCAUCCCACAUGAGCAGCUGACUGAGGAGGAGCACUUCGGUUACUGGAAGCGAUCUGGAAAGAUGAUUGUGGUAGAGUCACUGCUACGCCUGUGGUUCAAGCAGGGACACAGAGUGUUGCUUUUCACCCAAUCCAGACAGAUGCUGGAGAUCUUUGAGCUGUUUGUGAGGGAGAAUAAAUUCUCCUAUCUCAAGAUGGAUGGCACCACCGCCAUUGCGUCCAGACAGCCUCUCAUCGCUCAAUACAACCAGAACAAGGACAUCUUUGUCUUUCUCCUGACAACUAGAGUUGGAGGUUUGGGAGUCAACCUGACUGGAGCAAACAGGGUUGUAAUCUAUGACCCAGACUGGAACCCCAGCACAGACACUCAGGCACGUGAACGCGCCUGGAGGAUCGGCCAAACACAGCAGGUGACAGUUUACAGGCUGUUGACAGCUGGAACCAUUGAAGAGAAGAUUUACCACAGACAAAUCUUCAAACAGUUUCUCACCAACCGAGUGUUAAAGGAUCCUAAGCAAAGACGGUUUUUCAAAUCUAAUGACAUUUAUGAACUUUUCACUCUGAGCAAUCCUGAGGGCUCCCAAGGAACAGAGACCAGUGCAAUAUUUGCAGGCACAGGAUCAGAUGUACAGAUUACACAAAAACAAAAGACAUCCCGUCCAUCUCAGGGGACAUCACAACCAUCACAAUCUCAGUCAUCUGCAUUUUCUGUUGAUGACCAAGAUGCCAUAAAUCUGUCAGAAAACAACAAUUCUACCUCCAUCAACAGUCUCUCAAAAAAUGAUGCUAAAAGGGACAGAUCUGAUUUUGGGUCACCAAACAAUCAUUUUAAAUCUCAUUCCAUUGCUGAUCUUUCAACAAAGAGUGCAAGUAAAGAUCUUUGUUCAGCAAACAGCCCUCAGAAGCACAGAGAGAAGAAGAAGCACUGUGAAACACCAGAAAAGAACAACUCACACUCAGAUGGACACAAACGCAAGCAUAAAAAGCGCAAGCACUCCAAGGAUGCCAGAUGUGAGGGCCAUCGUAUUUCUCACCUGGUGAAGAAAAAGAGGUACAACAAAGAGGAAAAUGAAGAGGAGGAGAGGAAAGAUGAGAGAAAGAGUGAUGAUUAUGUCUUGGCCAAACUCUUCAAAAAAUCAGGGAUCCACAGUGUCAUGAAGCAUGACACUAUCAUGGAGUCAUCAAACCCAGACUAUGUGCUUGUGGAAUCUGAAGCCAACAGGGUUGCCAAGGAUGCACUGAGAGCUCUGAAGAUCUCCAGGCAAAACUGUAGGCUGCCUUUCUCAAGAGGGUCUACACAAGCAACCCCACCCCCAGUCAAGAAAAGGUUUGGGCAGAAGAAAAACUCACUACUUUCUCAGUCAUCUGGCAUAAAGGCAAAAGCAUCAGAGAAAUGCAAGGAUGCAUAUAUCAUAAAGAAAUCAGGCGUUAAGAAGCCAGGAUCUGCUGUUCACUUCAGCGGUGAAGGAGCAGAGGAGGAAUCUGCUUCUCUGUCCUCAUCCUCUCUUUUAGCUGUGAUGAGGGCCAGGAAUCACGUCAGUUACCCCCAGAUACAAGAGAAUGAGGAAGAUGAGGAAGAGAGAGGGACUCAAUCUACUGCUGUACAUGCAACCCCAACAGAACACGAUGAGCUUCUGGUCGAUCUGAGGAACUUUGUGGCCUUCCAAGCUCAGGUGGAUGGCCAGGCGAGCACCAAGGAGAUCCUGGAGUACUUUACCCCAAGACUCAACUCCAAACAGACACCAGUUUUCAGAGAACUGCUAAGGAAUAUCUGUGAGUUCCACAGACUUCCUGGACAAGAAGGGAUGUGGAAGCUUAAAGCUGACUACAGGUAAAUUGAGCAGAGCAUAUUAAAACCUAUUAGCUGAGGUGCAGAAUCUCCAAAUGGAAUGUAUACCUCACACUAGGGAACUGCAGGUGAUUCGAUGCAUUAAUUAUUUUUAAAUUACGGAAUGUGUAAAUGUGUUGUAUAGAAACAAUUCAAUAAACUUUCCAGAACUUUCCAGGUUGACCACUACAGUACAAUUAUUAUUAUUAUUAUUAUUAUUUGUAAAACUGUAUAUCUCCAAAAAUAUUUUCUGGUGUUUUUUUGUUGUUGUAUUAUUAUUUUUGUAUAUAUUUGUUUGUUUUUGUAUAAUUUCUUGAAACUGCUUAAAUUUAGACAUCUUCUGUAUCAGUAAAAACUGCUUUAUUCAGGCAACCAAUGUGAUGCUGUUGUAAUUGUUUUCAAUGUUUUAUUUUUUCCCCCGAAUAGCUCUAUUAUUGGUACUCAAUGCUACUAAUAAUGUCAUUUCUGUGGCAAUAAUGGAAAAUGUACAUUUAUCUAGGGGUAUCACCCUUUAAACUUAAAUCUCUCAGUGCUGUUUAUUCACUUGAUUUUUAGUAAGUGAAUGUUUUUAUAUGCAUUUGAAAGUUGUGUUACACCUCUAAAUUGAAACUUUAGUAAAUACCUCUACCUCAAAACCUGCUGUCUGUUCUUAUAAACAAAUGAGUACCAAUGUGUUUUCAGUAUGUAAAACCAAUGAUCAAGUAUACACAAUAAUGUACAUAUUGUAUAGUUAAGUGCAUUUAAUAAACAUCAUCCUUUGCAUCAACUCGGUGUUAUUAAAACUUGAUGUCCUUAGUACAUUUUACUAAUAUAAUCAAAGGCAAUGUAAUGCAUCUUUAGAUGAUGAGCCAGAAGAUAUACCACCUCAAUAGGGCUUAUUGGAGCUCAUUUUGAAAAGAACUAUAAUAUUCUGUUCUUGCACAUUAAUCACCAUGCCACGAACUCUCUCUGGGACAGGGUGUUAUUUCUUGCAAAUUAAUGUUUUGUGUGUCAGAAAUGACUGCUGGUCUUAUAUUAUGUUUGACACUAACACAAUAGCAGUUAAUAAUAUUUUUCAAUAAAUAUUUCUGCAACUGUGAAAACUGAUUCCAUUGCUGACCAUGGUACUGAAAGUUUUACAAAACUUCAAAGUUUGACUGGUGCUAAUAGGUUUUUUCAUUUGCUUUUUGCUUUUCGUUUAUGCGGCCCCAUGCACACUCAAUUGUUCUGUUAGUUAAACAUUAAAAACAGAAAUUACUCACUUGCAUUUGCACUCUAAAGCCCUGUCUUAGAUAAAGCGCUUUUUGACACUUAUUUCACUGGCUUAUAUACUGCGCUAUUAUUCACUCUCUCUCUCACAAACCAUGGACAAUCCAUGAUCUAGACUGGAUCAUUCUCAGUCUCACAUCUCCAAUAUAUCUAUGUAAUAAUACAAAUGUCAAGAAGUGAUACAGAGAUUUGUC